GCAGAGGGAGGAGGAGAGAAGUUGUGUGAGCAACUGAGGGUGCAGCCUAGCCCCACAGGGAAGGAAGGCUGGUGGCGCGGGGCCCCGGGAGACGUGGCAGUACCUGGAGGGGGUGGGGACAAGGCGUUGGGCCCACCAUUAGCACCAUGCUCCUGGGGAUCCUCGUGGUGCUCUGCUUCAUCCCCACUGCUGAUGUAACAGAAAACAAGAUUUUAGUGGCUCAGCGUCCUUUGCUCACUGUAGCUAACAAAACUGCAACUCUAGUCUGCAACUACACAUACAAUGGAACAGGGAAGGAAUUUCGAGCUUCACUGCACAAAGGAACAGACAGUGCGGUUGAAGUUUGCUUUAUUUCGUGGAAUAUGACCAAAAUUAGCAGUAAUUCAAAUAAAGAAUUCAAUUGCCAGGGGAUUCAUGAUAAAGACAAAGUCAUCUUCAAUCUUUGGAAUAUGAGUGCCAGCCAAACUGACAUCUACUUCUGCAAAAUUGAGGCCAUGUAUCCACCCCCGUAUGUCUACAAUGAGAAGAGCAACGGGACCGUCAUUCACGUGAAAGAGACACCCAUCCAAACACAAGAGCCUCAGUCUGCAAUUCCUUUGUGGAUUAUGGUAGCAGUGACUGGAGUUCUUGCUUUCUACAGUAUGCUAAUAACCGCAGUUUUUAUUAACUACUGGCAAAAAUCCAAAAAGAAUAUGUACCAUCAGAGUGACUACAUGAACAUGACUCCCCGGCAUCCACCAUACCAGAAGAACAAGGGUUACCCAUCCUAUGCACCAACACGAGACUACACUGCAUAUCGGUCCUGGCAGCCGUGAUACCCACCAGCUGACCCAUCAGUAGCCUCAUGUGCUUCUAGGCAGUUACUUGCUCUUGGAUAUGGAAGGACAGCCUCUCAUUUUCUCAUCAUCAUGUUUGUCGUUAUUGAUCGUGGAUACCUACACCAUAGCAAGUAUUGGCUAAACUUUGAUAUAAUAUACUAAAAGAAAAAACAAACAAACAUAAAAAGGGACAGGGGGGGAGGGAGUGAAAAAGGAUUGCUCUCCAUGAUGGCUGAAAAUAAGAUACAACUUGUGUUGAGGGUCGUCAGUGGGUAAGACAGAAAGAUGGCAUCAGACCUCAGAGCUGGUCUCCUCCUAACAAUUGUGGUUUUGCUCAGCUGUUGGGAGAACCAGAACUUCUGACCUUUCCUAAUAACUGCUGCCUUAGAUUUAACCCUUAAUUUCCUUUCCUGUAUGUCUAAUCCUCAGAAACCCUUGUUGCUGUUAAAUAUGGCAAAAUGUAAAAAAAAAAAUCUUUUUUUCCCUACAAGACCAGGGCACAGUUUGAAGUUCAAAACACAUGCUUGAAAGAA